AGCCGAGAGCCCCCACGUCCACCUCCCACCCCACCCCCGCGCGCGCCUGGGGUGUGCGGGGGAGGAGGUGGUGCCGGCGGUGCGUAGGAGUUCCACGGACUUCGGCGGUACCCCAGGCGUCUGCGACACCUACGGAGCUGAGGGGACGGCGGGCGGGGGCUUCUCUGUGUACGCGGGCCGAGGUCUGGCGUGGGACGCGGGCUCCCCUGCACUGAACGGGCGGCGCCGCCGUGUAGCCGCGGGUGGGGAGUGAGCGUGCGCGACGUGUGCGCUGGGCCCGCUCGGAGGGCUGCGGGAAAGAACGAGUACGCGUGCGCGACGCGUGGCCUGCGCGCUGGGCGGGGGACAGGGGACCCGGGCGCUCCGCGCUACGGGUGGUAGUAAAUGCAUUGCUCCGACCAGAUAGCCAGCGUGGGACUCAGAUCCCUUAACUGUAAAAUGCGGUUGUCACGGAGCCCGGAGCAUCAUGUUCUGAGCACUCACAUUGUGUCAACUGCUAUUGUAUUGCUUUGUUUUGUAUGCAAUGUAUGCGGCUGGAGGAACUUCGACAAGUCGCUAGGGCCUCCAUUUCUCAGUUAACCCAUUGGUGACCCAGUUAACUCAAAAAAUUGAAUGUGAAAAGGUGAAAAGGAAGAGGGAAAGGGCUAGUAUACCUAGCUACCAAGGCCCAUUCCUGGCUCUAACAUUCUCCAGAUCCCAAGUUUUUAUUUUGUCUUCAUGUGUUAUUUGUUACGUAUAAUCGUGACAGUAUCCUGAAGCCAUCGAAGGCUGUGUGACGUGGAAGGUCUGGGACAAAUUUGAGAGAGAACCUAAAUUGGUAAUAAAUCAAAAAGAAACAAAUGUUUACAUACACUCUGUGAAAAGUGUCAUGUCUAAGCUCAACAUAUAUUGGAGCCACACAUGGACAUCACUCCCUCCUCCACUAAGAGCGGAAAAUGAACAGAUCUCAGAAAAAGAAUACACCAUUACAGGAACAGGUGUCAUUCCAAGAUGUAUGUGUGGACUUCACCCAGGAAGAGUGGUAUCUGCUCGAUCCUGCUCAGAAGAUACUACACAGAGACGUAAUGCUGGAAAAUUACAACCACCUUGUCACAAUAGGGCAUUGUAUUACUAAACCAGAUGUGAUCAUCAAGAUAGAACAAGGAGAAGAGCCCUGGAUAUUAGAACAAGGAUUCCCAAGCCAGUGCCGCCUAGAAGACUGGAAAGUUGAUAACCUGAUAGAGAGCAGCCAGGAAAAUCAAGAUGAACAUUUUUGGCAACUUGCUUUCACCACCAACAAAACGUUAAGUAUAGAUGGUGGUGAUAGAGUAAGGAAAACUGUCAGUCUGGGUACAGACUGUGUUCCUUCAAGAAAUUUUCCAUAUAAGAUAUGUGACUCAUGUGAAAUGAGUUUGAAGAAUAUUUCAGGCUUAAUUAUUAAUAAAAACUAUUCUGGAAAGAAGCCUGAUGAAUAUAAUGUAUAUGAAAAAUUGCUCCUUGAUGUUAGGCAUGAGAAAACUCCUACUAGAGGGAAAUCUUAUAAUCAAAAAAGGAAUAUCCUCAGCCAUAGCCAAGAUCUCACUCAGCUAAUUUUUGACCAGCCUUUUGAAUAUAAUGAAAAUGGACAAGGCUUCCGUGAGGAGGCAGCGUUUUUCACAAACAAGAAAGUUCAGAUAGGAGAGACACUGUGUAAUUAUAAUGAAUGUCAGAGAACCUUCAUCCAAAGUUUAAAGCUCAAUUUAUCUCAGAAAACUCAUUUGGAAAUGGAACCAUAUGAAUGCAGUAUUUGCGGGAAGUCCUUCUAUAUGGAUUUAAGACUGGGACAUCAGAGCGCUCUGACGGGGGAGAAUCCUUAUGAAUAUAAUGAAUAUGGGCAAAUUUUCUGUGAUAGUUCAACUUUGAUUAUCCAUGAGGGAACUUACGCAGGAAAGAUUCCCUGUGAAUAUAAAGUAAGUCACAAAACGUGGAUAAAGUCAGCCCUCUUUAAACAUCAGAUAGUGCACAUGGAGGGAAAACCUUAUGAGCACAAGGAAAAUGGAAAUUUCAACAAGAAGUCACAUCUCACCCAACCUCGAAGAGCUCACUCAGGAGAAAAAACGUUUGAAUGUUCUGAAUGUGGGAAAACAUUCUGGGAGAAGUCAAACCUCACUCAGCAUCAGAGAACACACACAGGAGAGAAACCCUAUGAAUGUACUGAAUGUGGGAAAUCCUUUUGUCAGAAACCACACCUUACCAACCAUCAGCGAACACAUACAGGAGAAAAACCUUAUGAAUGUAAGCAGUGUGGAAAAACGUUCUGUGUGAAGUCAAACCUCACUGAACAUCAGAGAACUCACACAGGAGAGAAACCCUAUGAAUGUAAUGCAUGUGGAAAAUCUUUUUGCCACAGGUCAGCUCUAACUGUACAUCAGAGAACACACACAGGAGAGAAACCCUUUAUAUGUAAUGAAUGUGGGAAAUCCUUCUGUGUGAAGUCAAACCUCAUUGUACAUCAAAGAACUCACACAGGAGAGAAACCCUAUAAAUGUAAUGAGUGUGCAAAAACCUUCUGUGAGAAAUCAGCUCUCACUAAACAUCAGAGAACUCACACAGGGGAGAAACCCUAUGAGUGUAAUGGAUGUGGAAAAACCUUUAGUCAGAGGUCAGUACUCACUAAACAUCAGAGAAUUCACACAAGGGUGAAAACUCUUUCAAUAUCCUGAAUGUUCAGAAACCCUCUAUCCUUUCAAAUUCAUUAACAAAAAAUUUUAAAUGAGAUUAGUGAACCCAAAGAAUGUCACAAAUUACUAAAAAGUGACAUUGUACUUCAAAUUAUACUAGAAUAAAACCUUAUUAAUGUUUUAAAUGUGUGAAAGCUUUCAAGAAAAAUUAAAACUUUUUGUCAGAAAAUUUGUACUGAGAGGAAAUCCGUUAAUAUAAGUAACGUGAUAAAAAUCUUCAUCUAGAAAUAAUGUUGUGUAGUUUCAUAUUCCAGAUGUGAUACCAAAAUUUUAUUGUAAAUGUAAUGGGUAUUAUUUAUUUAUACCAACAGUCACAGUGUAAUUUGAAGCUAAAAAAUGUUGAAUAACAACAGCAUUAAACAUUUAUGUGAAGAGUCCCUAAUGUUUGCAGGCCUUAUGUGAGUAUGCCAAUAUAACAAAUUUGAAGUAUGCUUGAUUUGUAUAUUAGAGCCCAACAUGCUUGUGAAGAGAAAAUAUGAACACUUAGUUAAGUAUUAUGAUCUAUAUUAAUAUUUCCCACAGUAAAUACCACUAGUGUCUUUAUAGGCUGACAUAAUUAUAUAUGUACAUGUAAAUAUAUUUAUACACAUACAGUGGUGUGCUAGAGUAAGCUCCUACUGGCUUGUGAGUACCUCUGAUUGUUCAAUUUUCAGGAUUUUGUCAGUUGUUAGACACAGCAUUUAAAAAUUGUAUUAAAAACAAAGGUAAUAAAUAUUCAACACUCAGUCACUUCCUAAUUAUUUUAUAACAUUUUGCUAUUUUUUUUGUUCUGUAGGUUACUUAUAUUAUUGAAUCUGCAUGGAAAAAAUACUGUAUAAUGGUAUGCUACCGUACUUCUCUUCGCAGCUUUGUAUUCAGUGCCAUCAUUUUGAUAGUUUGGCUUUAGUGGGAGUAUUUACACCAUGGAAACUGGCAAACUACAAUUUAGGGUUUUCAUUUUCUCAGUGAACCUAUUGUCCAGUAUUUACCAGCACACCACUGUGGGUAUAAGAAAAUAUAUUUGGAAAUUUUAAAGUACAAACCACAUACCCUUUCUCCUAUUUACUGACAUAAAUAUAUGACUAUGUCCAUUAUAGCUGACCUGUCUCUUCAAUAAAGAAACCAAAAUAUG